UAAAAUUGUGUUUAAUUUAUAUUUUCCAAAGACAAAAAUAAAAACACAUAAAGUGCAGUGCUAGGUAUCACAGUCUGCCAGCUAUGGCUUCCAAGCCAGGAUUCCUCACUGACUGGCCAUGGACACCUCUUGGCAGCUUCAAGUAUGUGGUAUUGGCUCCCUUUGUGGCUUAUAACACAUACACUUUCUUCAAGCAAGACCCAAGUGAGAGGGACAUAAAUGUCUUGCUGAUUUUCCCCUUCUUGCUCCUAAGAAUUCUCCACAACAUGCUAUGGAUUUCUCUCUCCCGCCAUCGAACCGCCAAAGGUGACAACCGAAUCAUCGACAAAAGCAUCGAAUUCGAACAAGUCGAUCGCGAAAGAAAUUGGGAUGAUCAGAUCAUACUAAAUGGUCUAUUAUACUAUGUGGGUUACUAUGCUUUACCAUUGGCAAAACACAUGCCAAUAUGGAAGACAGAAGGGAUCAUACUUGUAACUUUGCUUCAUGCCGGCCCGGUGGAGUUCCUCUACUACUGGCUGCACCGGGCGCUGCACCACCACUAUCUCUACUCCCGCUACCACUCCCACCACCACUCCUCCAUCGUCACCGAGCCCAUUACAUCUGUGAUCCAUCCAUUUGCGGAGCACAUAGCAUACUUCAUCCUCUUCGCCAUCCCCCUCCUAACCAUAAUAGGAACCGGAACCGGAUCGACCACCACAUUCGUGUUCUACGUUCUAUACAUCGAUUUCAUGAACAACUUGGGGCAUUGCAACUUCGAACUCGUCCCCACUUGGGUCUUCUCCGUCUUCCCCCCUCUCAAGUACAUGAUGUACACCCCCUCGUUCCACUCUUUGCACCACACACAGUUCAGAACAAACUACUCCCUGUUCAUGCCAGUGUACGACUACCUCUACAACACCGUAGACACGUCUUCGGACACGUUGCACGAGAAGUCGUUGAGGAGGCCCGGGGAGACCCCCGACGUGGUGCACUUGACCCACCUCAUCACCCCGGAGUCCAUAUACCAUCUCCGGUUAGGCAUUCCGUCUCUGGCGUCCAACCCCCAGUCCUCCAAGUGGUACUUCUGGUUCAUGUGGCCCAUCACCGUUUGGUCCACAAUGGUCACUUGGAUCUAUGGCCGCACCUUUGUCGUUGAGAGAAAUGUUUUCAAGCAUCUCAAGUUGCAAACUUGGGCUAUCCCUAAGUAUCGUGUCCAAUACUUCAUGCAAUGGCAAAGAGAGAGCAUAAACAAGUUGAUUGAGGACGCCAUUUUAGAUGCCGACGAGAAAGGGAUCAAAGUCCUAACCCUUGGCCUAUUGAAUCAGGAGGAGGAGUUGAAUAGGAACGGAGAGCUUUUCAUUAGGAAGAACCCAAAGCUGAAAGUGAAGGUGGUGGACGGAAGUAGCCUCGCCGUUGCGGUGGUCCUUAACGCCGUUCCUAACGGGACCACACAAGUCGUCCUUAGAGGGAACUUGACCAAGGUUGCCGCUUCUAUCGCCGUCGCCUUAUGCCAACGUGGAAUCCAGGUUGCUCUAUUGCGUGAAGAUGAGUUUAAGAGGCUUAAGGGUAGGCUAAACCCUGAGGCAGCUAAUAAUCUAGUCCUUACAAAAUCUUACUCUGCAAAGACAUGGCUCGUCGGGGAUGGAUUGAGAGAAGACGAGCAAUCGAAAGCGCCAAAAGGAACGUUCUUCAUUCCCUUCUCUCAAUUCCCUCCAAAGAAAGCGCGCAAAGAUUGUCUCUACCUCAGCACGCCUGCCAUGCUUGCCCCUAAGCACCUCGAGAAUGUCGACUCUUGCGAGAAUUGGUUGCCAAGAAGAGUGAUGAGUGCAUGGAGAGUUGCAGGAAUAGUACAUGCUUUAGAAGGUUGGGAGGUGAACGAGUGUGGAAACAACAUGUUCGACAUUGCCAAGAUAUGGAAAGCCAGUCUAGACCAUGGCUUUCGCCCCUUCACCGGCUCUUCUUCUGUCGCUUCAGAAACCAUCAAGUCGUCUUGAUAAUUAACACCAUCAUUCCAUCGAAAAUGUUUUCACGUCUAUCCGUUUAAUUGAUUUUAUAUAUUUCAAUACGAUCUAGCUAUGUGUAAAAUAAUCGUUUUGUUACCCGUUGUUCUAAGGGUAUGUACAAGCAUUCGAAAAAUGAAGAUUUACAGUCAAAUGAUAAAUUUUCAUUUUUGGAAUUGCCCGAGUACUGUUAGGACGACAAUGGGUGGCAAAAUGGAUAUAGUAAUAGUAGUAGAUAUAUAUGCCUUUGAUUUGGUUUGUGUCAUGUAUUUUUCUUGUCCUCUAAAUGAACUCAAAUAUUGAUGUGUAUUACUAUUCCCUCUUUUGCCGUUAUAUUCAUUUUUCUUUUUCACAUUAGAAAUAAUAUGGAUGAUAACAAAUAAAAAUGUGCUUU